AUGGCGUACGCCUCAGAAACAUCUCCGCUACUGCCAGAGCCGCGCUCCGAGCGGUCAGCCACCGGCCUCAAGGCCCAAGGCCGAGACGUGUCUCCCGGGCGCUGCUCCUCCAAGUCAUCGUCAUCCUCCUCCUCGUCAUCCGCGCCAGACGGCCUCAGCGACACCCUCCGCGACAUCAUCAUCGGCUUCUCGGACGGGCUCACCGUGCCCUUCGCCCUCACCGCGGGCCUCUCCUCCCUCGGCAGCACCCGCCUCGUCAUCAUGGGCGGCCUCGCAGAGCUCAUCUCCGGCAUGAUCAGCAUGGGGCUGGGCGCGUACCUCGCCGCCGUGACCGAGCGCGACCGCUACCGCUCCCAGCGCGCUGCCCAGGCCCGCGCCGGCCUCAUGCCCCCGCUGCCCUCAUCCACAUCCUCUUCUGCGCCUUCGUCGCUGUCUCCCGCGGCAGCAGCGCGCCUCGCCCGUCGUGAGGACAUCUACGCCAUCCUGGACCGCUACGCCGUGUCCCGCGCGGCAGCUACCCCUCUCGUCGACGAGCUGUGCGGCCGCGUCGACGACGCUGAUGAUGCCUGCAACGACACCACUGCUGCUUCUCACGAUGUUGUCGCUGCUCACGACGCAGACUCCGACGCCUGGCUCCGCUUCAAGAUGGACGUCGGCCUGCGCCUCGACGAGCCCGAAACGCACGCUGCCUGGCUCUCGGGCGUCACCAUGGGCCUGAGCUACUUCGUCGGCGGCCUCGUCCCCAUGCUGCCCUACUUCGCCAUGGACCGCGUCAGCGACGCCCUGCUCGUCUCCGUCGCCGUCACCUUCGUCAUCCUCCUCGUCUUCGGCUACGCAAAGAACUACGUCGCCAUCCGCACCCACCGCGCCGGCGUCUGGGGCGCCCUCCAGACCCUCGUCAUCGGCGUCCUCGCCGCCGGCACCAGCUACGCCAUCGUCAAGGCCUUGGACCGGGGAGGCAGCCCGUGA